GAUCUUUGAAAUAAGAGUAAGGAAGAGAGACGUAACUGAGAGAAGCAGGCCCCCCAACACGAAAACCGAUUUCAUUUUGAGAGUAAGAAGGAGGCGCUGGAAAUGGAGAAUUCUCACAACCGUGGAGGAGGAUCCUCCGAAACAAGAGAAACGAGUUUCGAUGUUGUUUUGAGCUUCGGAUCGGAUACUCGCCGCGACUUUGUGGAUCAUCUCUACCGUAGCCUCCACCAAGCGGGGAUCCGCGUGUUCACGGAUGAAGAGGGUCUCACCCUGGGAGAGAGUUUUGAGCGGUCGCUUACCGCGAUCAGGCAUUCCAAGAUCGCCAUUCCGAUCCUGUCAGAGAAAUCUGCGUCGAGCACAAGGUGCCUCCGACAGCUGGCUCUGAUUGUGGAUUGCCAUAAGACGAUGGGCCUGCUCAUCAUGCCCGUCUUCCUCGACGUCACGCCAUCGGUCGUGAGGCGCAGAUCCCAGGUUUACGCCGGGGCUAUCGCCGAGUAUAGAUGGAGAGGAGUCAACCCAUACACCAUCGGGGAAUGGGAGGAAGCUCUCAUCCGUGUGGGAUCCAUCCCAGGGCUGGAGAGUGAUGGGUAAGUGUAAUUGAGUAAGUUCGAUUGAGUAACCUAGCAUCCAAAUGCCAAGUAGCGCUUAGUUCAAUUUAGUUAAUCUAAUUAGACUAACGCUAGGUGUAUCAAUACCUGAUGUAGCUCGCUCUGAUCUGGUUCUCAAUAUGAUCCACUUGUUUACAUUCUUGCUCCCAGCUCGCCACAUUACUUAAUGUUUUGGUUUUGUUGAUAAAUUUCAGUAUUCCUAUGUUACACACAUCUUUGCAAGCACAUGACUCAGUUUUUCGGUUAACUUAGAGGC